AUGGAGAUGACGAGCAGCAUCCUGCGCUUUGCCUUGGCCACGUACUUUAUGAAGCACAGCGGCCGCCCAUUUCCUUAUCACGUCCACGACACGUCGUCGUGGCCUUCUGCAUCCUCCACGUCUUCUUUCUGUCCUACGCCCACUGCUGCACUUUGUCGGGAGGACGAGAAUGAGUUGAGCUCAAAGUUUUCCGACGUCGUGUCGACGCACAUGUCGAACUUGAGGCAGUUGCUGGUGGAGCAGCGACUCGAGGAGUGGUCGAAAGGCGUGAUGGAGCUCCGCGAGUAUGUAGCCACUAAUGGACUAGUAGGGGCAUUCGUGACGUUGCUAGUCGAGUUACUCGAGAGACACGAGCAGGACGCCGUGUCGAUUGUCCAAGUGCUUGAGCAUAUUUGCUUUGAGAAACACGGAGAGCCAUCUCAGGUGUUUGACCAGAUGAUGGACCUGAUCUUCCAAGCGCUACGUCAUUGCUGUGAGAACAAGAACACGGCUGUAACAUUCUGGCUGCUCCGGGCAAUCAACAGCGUCGUUGAUGGUCUGCGUCAACAUCAAGAGCAAAAGUAUACAGCGUCGCCGCAACACCAGCUCCAGCUGGACAACCCAGCAAUGGGAGAAAUGAUCACACGGAUGAUCCACGACUGUCUAGCCAAGUCGGGAAGCGCUGCUAGGACGUAA